AUGUCAAUAAUGUGGACUACUUCAACCAUCAAUCAUGCAAUAUCAAUCAGAAGAACCAAGAAUAUCAACGCUUUCUCUCCCUUUCGAAUACUCAAUUUCUCCGAUUCAAAUCCAAAUAACCGUUCUGUUGCUGCUGGUGGUGGCUUCGGAGAUAAAACCAACAACAAACCUAACAAAAAGGCUUCUCCGUCGCAGCAAAACCUAAGGGACUCAUCAACUAAACAAUCUCAGGCACCGCGUUUAACUUCAAAGGUCGAUGGUAAAUCCGAAAUCGACUUCGAGGGACGGUUGAAGGCAGUUAGAAGGUCAGCACUAGAGCAAAAGAAGGCGGAAAAGAAGAAAGAAUUUGGAGCAAUUGACUAUGACGCACCAAUUUCUUCAGACAAUAAGACUAUUGGCUUUGGUACCAAGGUUGGAAUAAGUGUAGCUCUUGCUGUCUUUGCUCUGGUUUUUGCUUUAGGAGAUUUUCUUCCAACUCCAAGUCCCAACGAAGACAGUGCUUUGGUCAAUGAUAAAUUGUCAGAGAAGGAUAAAGCUGCUCUUCAGAUUAGGCUUAAGGAAUUUGAAGCGACAUUAAGUAACUCCCCAAGAGAUCCAACAGCUCUCGAAGGUGCUGCAGUAACAUUGGCAGAACUAGGGGAAUAUUCAAAAGCUGCUUCUCUACUCGAUGAUUUGACGAAGGAAAAACCAAAUGAUGCUGAUGCUUUUCGUUUGCUUGGAGAAGUUAAGUAUGAACUUAAAGAUUAUGAUGGGAGUGUUGCUGCAUACAGAAGUUCAGCAAAGGUAUCCGAAGAUAUCAAUUUUGAAGUUCUGCGGGACCUUACCAAUUCAUUACUUGCUGCUAAGAAGCCAGACGAGGCUGUUCAAUUACUUUUGGAUUGUCGUGACCGUCUGAGCUCAGAAGACUUGAGCAACAAAGCUGAUAGCAGCCCAAAUGACUCACAGAAGCUGGAUCCAAUUCAAGUUGAAUUACUUCUUGGGAAAGCCUAUUCAGACUGGGGCCAUGUUGGGGAUGCUAUAGCUGUUUACGAUCAGCUCAUAUCUACUCAUCCCGAUGACUUCCGUGGAUACUUAGCUAAGGGAAUCAUCCUAAAAGAAAACAAAAACAUUGGAGAUGCAGAGAGGAUGUUUAUACAAGCUAGGUUCUUUGCAUCUGAUAAAGCUAAAGCACUUGUGGACCGUUAUUCAAGAUAA